AUGUGCGAGCAGGCAGCGCGCUACUGUAGGGACGGAGUCCACAAACUGCUGAACAAAGAACAAGCUCAACUUCGAGCCCAAGAAAGCCGCGAGCAGACCAAACCCGUAGCCGGUCAGGACAGCGAGUCCGAAACGGCAGCUCAGUCCGGAAACAGCGGCGCCCAGCCCGGUGGAAUUGACGGGCUCGUCCGCUGGAUCGUCACCAAAAUGAGCGACAACAAGAACAUCUCCAACCGGGAGUACGCCUCCAGCAAGGAGGAGGUGGCAGUGGCUCAAGAGCAGUUCUUCGCCCCGGAACCGCGGAGAGGCAUCUCCGUCAUUCUGGAUAUCUUCAGAAGAGCUGAUAAAGAUGAUGAUGGUAAACUCUCUCUGGAUGAGUUCCAGGCUUUCUUCUCUGAUGGUACGCUGAACGAGGAAGAGCUGGAAAAGUUAUUUCAUACCAUUGACUCUGAUAACACCAGUAAUGUUGACACAAAAGAACUCUGUGACUACUUUGCGAGGCACAUGGGAGACUAUGAAGGAGUUCUGGCCUCACUGGAGACACUCAACCUUUCCAUCCUCAAAGCCAUGGACUUUACUAAAAAGGUUUAUGAGAGAGGAACAAACAUGGAGCAGUUUGUGACCCGUUUUCUCCUGAAGGAGUCAGCCAAUCAGAUCCAGUCUCUCUUGAAUUCGGUGGAAAGUGCUGUGGAUGCCAUUGAUGAGCAACACAGCCAGUCAGGCCACAUUUCAGCCAAGACGAGCCCCCGAAUGUCAGAGAGGCGUCAUGACAGCGUUGUUCCUGAUUAUCCCCCUAAUAACAGAAUCAGUGCAAAGGAGGCUGUCAGGACCAUCAACACUGCCUCAGGUGCAGUGGAGGUAAGGAAAGAGGGUCUCGAGGCUCAAAUCAAUCGCCUGUCUGAACUCAUCGGACGACUGGAGAAUAAAACAGUCUGGUUUGAUCUGCACCAGAGGCUAACAGACACAGACGGCACCAGCAGUGCGUCACUAUUGCUGAUCCGUCAGGAGAUGGUGGUUUCCCAAAAGAAACUUGGUGACUAUUGUGAGGCUCUGAAGCAGUACCUGAAGAAUGUCUCCACUCAGAGAGACUGCUUUCAUGUCACUGCAGUGCGUCUGCCAGAUGGUUUAUCCUUUGUCAUUUAUGAGUUCUGGGACGGCGAGGACGAAUGGAAAAGGCACCUUCAGUCAAGCCCCAACAAAGCCUUUCAGCAUGUGAAAGUGGACACGCUGUGCCAGCCAGAGACCAUUUCCUCUGUCGCCGUGCCAGCCGCCUGGUGCAGUGUGAACAAGGCCUGAUCAUGAACGUAUCCAACUAUACUUCAAGACUCUUGGACAACAACCUCUCGACCGUUUCCUUGCAUUUUUCCCCUUGUCACAUUCCUCACGUCCCUCCAAACGUCUUGAAAAACAUGUUUACACAGUGCAAAUGAAUGGCGUCAACUGCUGUGACGAUUGAACAAAGUGCAUUUUCCAAAAGUACAUUUGCAUCCAAACAUUGUGGUUUACUUCGUAGUAUUUAUUAUAUGGUCAGUUCAUUAUUUAUGUUCUAGCUGGAUGGAAUUUGUCAUGUAGCAUGAAGUUUUUGGUUAAACUUUUCAUGUAGCAGAAACUCGAAUGACUGGAAAGCCCUUUUGCCAAGGGAGACAUUUUUGAACAUGCUCUAAAUUUAUUACAGGAAGUUUAUCCUGGUAGCUGUAAGUCCAUCUAAAGUACAGUGAUCCCUCAUUUUUCACAGGACAUGCGUUCCAGGACCACCCGGGAAAAACAAAAAUCCACAAAGUAGAAAUAAUAUAUACUACAUAAUUUUGAAAUUUAAACACCAUUGCGUUGUAAUUUCCAACACAGUGUUUCUUAUUGGCCGCUAGAGAGCAUGGGUUUAUUGUUAAUUAGAAGUAUCGUAUACCUUGCUAAACAAUACAAAUUUUCCAUUUUUUGAAAUUGCCACCCUCCACUUAGCCGGGGGACAUCAUGCAUAAUAAAACCAAAGUGAGUCAUGGUUGCGCAUGAAUCUCCUGUUGUAUUGUGGUCCAAUACACAAUAUUAAAGUUUUUUAAACCCUCCCCAAUACUUUUACGCGACAGGAACCUUUCCCAUUCCUUUAAUAACCAUUCCCACACUGUUCUGUGCAUGUAUUGUACCUUCACAGUAAAUAAAAGAACAAACACGUGAUAUUGUCACGUGUCCCGACUCCUUCUGCACCGGUUGGUGCUUCUUCCCUCGUACGUAGUUGGCUGCCGGCUCCCGAGCUUGAACCCAGUCACGUUCGCAGUGACGCACAUUGCUCAGAAGCAGGCUCAUGCGAUUAGCGUGUAUUUAAACGCCGUUCUCCCGUCACUUAUAAACCCGCAAAGUAGCGCAUUCGCGAAAGGUGAAGCGCGAAGUGGCGAGGGAUCAUUGUAUUCAUUUCACUUUUGGUCAAGUAGUAGACAGGAACAUUCACAAAAUUAGGGAAGUUCUUCUAUCAGUAUUAUUUGAGGCUGACCACAAAUUUGACCAAAAUCCUCACAUCAUCUUGGUCAGAACAAAUACACCAUACAAAAAUGGGACAAAAAUCCUCCAACUGAGCAUAUUUCUGGAUUAGUUUCUAAUUACAAUGAAAGAUUCAUGACUAAAUUUACUAGAUUGUAUAUAUAUAUAUAAUAUUAUAUAGAGAGAGAGACAGACAGAGAGACAGAAACUGAGCAGAGAGACAGAGGUUGAAUCAUUUAAAUUGCAGCUGUGGCAUUCACUACAAACAGUGGAUGGUCGAUAUUGUCACUUUUCAAGUUUUUUGUGAAGCUUCAUUUUUUAGUUCACCCUUUUUUUAGGAGCGGUUUAGGAUAAACAGUUAAAUCGGCUAGCUUUAACAUCAGGGUAAAAAAACAACAAAGUAAGCUGUGUAGUUGCUGUUGGAUUAGGAUUUUGACGCUACCUAAACAGGAAUCGAGAGGUAGUUUAUAAAAACGAGUUGUUUUUUGCAUUGUUUGUGCCAUACUUGUCUACAAUGAUGAUCAGUAGCUCAUAUUAGCUGUGUAAGUUUGAUAGAGCUUGUAUAUAUGAAUAUUGUUACUCUAUUAUAAAUAUAUUUGUAUUAUGUCGAUAAUUUAGUGCUCAAAUCUUCUCAGUGAAACUGGCAGUGGCUUCUCACGCACUUGUUUCGCACCAUCAGAAACUACUGAUAUUGACUAUAAAAGCCUUAAUAAUCACUCCAUGAGGAAAGCUUAGGUAUUUUUCAUAAUAAGCUAGGAAAUGUUUCAUUCAUGCCAGAUAAAUUUCAAACACCCACUGUGUAAUAUUUUCCAAAUUGCAUUAACUUGGCAGGCAGUUCAUAAUUUCACAAAUUUUAUCUGACAUUACAAUCAACAUAAACAUCGUUCAGACAAGCUAAGAUGUGAAAACUGGGUUGAAAAUAGUUGAAUACGACAAAGAAGAUAACCUUGAGAGUGCGGCAAGCGUAGAUUUAAAUAGUGUAAUACUAGUACACUUCAGAUCUCAGCCAGGUCUUGUAAAACGAUCUCGCUUUGUGCGCUGCUUACUACAGAGAGUGCUAAAGCUGACCAAUAUUUUAUCAUAGUUACUUCCAUAGCAUUAUUUAAAAGAACGACAACAAAAGGACAUGCGGACACAAACUUCAGUUAGACAUUUCAUUCCCAUUUUGACAGAAAGUAAAGAAAAGAGUUCCUGGUACUUAGUUGCGUAAAUACUAGUCACUAUUUGAUCAAAGAUGGUAUGUUGAAGAUUGAGUUGAAAUAAAACAAUUGAAAACAUUGCAGAGGUUGGCUCUCUAAUAAUCUUGGGUUUGUUCUGGGUUAAGGUCAGACAUAUUCCAAAUGAUAUUUUAAGAAUAUUUGUGACCCCGUCGUCACAUCAAUGGACAAUGGCCACAAUGCGAAAAUCUAAAUUUAAAAUGUCUCAAAAAGCACAAUUGAAAAUAGUUGCUAUUUGAUGGCUGUUGAUUUAUCAUGUGGAUUUCUUGCAAAUCUUUUCUUCCCAACCUUGCCAACCAGUUGACUGUUGAAUAAACUGUGUGAACGAUGGCAAGUGUACUAACUUGUUUGAUAAAAGAGACACAAGUUUUUUUAUUUUGCAACAAUUUAAUGAGGAUAACAUCAUCAAGAAACCCACUGUUUUAUUGGUAUUUUAGAAUUUUGACCACUUUGAAAAUGUUAUUCAAAGUCAGAGAUGGAUUCAUUUAACAAUAAUAUUGACGUUUCUGUGCCAAUACAAUCUGUUCAAAUCCACGUGGACCAAGCGGAGGAGAGGAAUGUUGAACGGAUCAAUGUUAAAGACGAUGUGCUGUUUGCAGAAAUGUUUAGGAGCAUUCAGCCCAUCAAUGUUCCUGUACAAUGUGCCCGUUCCAAUUAGGUUGAUGCUAAAUGAACUGUCAGAAUGCCAAUACUGUUCCCUAUUGAUACAUUCCGGAAUGGUGUUCACUGUGCAACCUGUUUUGUUUCUGUACUUUGGAUACCCUGAGUAUGACUUGUGCUUUGCCAGGAAACAAAAUGAUUAUGCCUUUGAAAUAUUGUGAAACAGGCCUUGCGUGAAUGGUUCCUGACUUGAAGGACUGACCUUGACAUGCAGACACAGAGCUGCAGAUGUCACUGGUUUUACCUCAACGAGUCUUAAUAGACAAUUCCAGGUUCCAAGUCAGGAAUUUGCCAAAUUUCCCAUUCUCAAGGCUACAUUUAUUUACUUCUGUGAUGGUGUUCUUUUCUAAUCUUCAAUUGAGUGCAUGUCAAAUGAAUGUCUAGUAACUUCUUUGCCGUAGUAUUAGGCCAUGCUACUCCUAUAGGUUUGGUGCAUUUCUUAGGUUCUUUUCCUCUUUGUUCGAGUAGUCCUUAAGUAGGAAGGAGACGAAGGCAAAGAUAUAUACCUAGCUAUGACUUUAAAAAGUGGCAUACAAGGAUGAAUAUUCAAUUUUAUGCGACUGUUUAACUAUUAAUUCUUCAUGUAUGUUUAUGUAAAACAGAUCUAGUAGACAAUGAAGGGAUGCAAGUAUUAUAUUUGUCAUAAUUCUAGAAAGUGUAGAGUGAUGCAAAUUCAAUAAAGGUAUCAAAUUGAAAACA